AUCUCUUACUCAAUUCACCACUUACGUUUUCAACAUUUUAUACAUACACAAGAAAGGAAAGAAAAGGAGUUUCUCAAAUAUCAUAUAGAGGACAAGUAAAUGGAGAACAAGUUUUUGGCAACCUUUUUCUUGCUUCUCGUCCUCUUCUCAUCUCAGGAGAUUGGGAUUGAGGGAAGGAUGUGCCAAUCAAAGAGCCAUCACUUCAGGCGCAUGUGUUGGAGCGACCACAACUGUGCCAUGAUCUGCCGUUCAGAGCGCUUUUCCGGUGGUCACUGUCAUGGCUUUCAUCGCCGCUGCUACUGCACUCGCCUUUGCUAACCUUUUUUUUUGUUGUUGUUGUUGUUGUUUCUUAUCAAUCCAUUAAAUGUACCUUUUCUUUCUUUUCCCAUUUCUAAACAAGCAUUUUAAUAUAAAGUUGUGUGUGUUUUCUCUAUUGAUCUAGUGGAGUGAGAUUUGAAAUCUGGAAA